CUUUUGUGGCGAUCCCAACACACCCUAAUAGACUAGUAUACUUCAGUAUAGAGCUGAGAACCUGCCAUUACAUCGUAGAAAUGGCCGGUCCAUUACUUCGCUCUCUCUGGUCCACGACCAGAAAAUCUCUCUCUCCCCAUCACUCCACUCCCUCAAGCCCUCUAAAACCCUAUGUUUACUCACGCUCCGCAAACUUCAGGCGCCACUUCUCCGCCGCUCCAGCAACCGCCGCAUCAGCGGCUGCUCCGAGCGGCGUUCUGGACCCAAGCCGCCUCAGGAACGUGGCGGUGAUAGCGCACGUCGACCACGGCAAGACCACUCUCAUGGACCGGCUCCUCCGCCAGUGCGGCGCUGAUAUUCCUCACGAACGCGCUCUCGAUUCCAUCAGCCUCGAGCGCGAGCGAGGCAUCACCAUAGCUUCAAAGGUUACAUCUAUUUCAUGGAAGGAACAUGAGCUAAACAUGGUUGAUACUCCUGGACAUGCAGAUUUUGGUGGUGAAGUUGAGCGGGUAGUUGGCAUGGUUGAAGGGGCAAUUUUAGUUGUAGAUGCUGGUGAAGGUCCACUAGCGCAGACGAAAUUUGUUCUGGCUAAAGCCUUAAAAUAUGGUCUACGCCCUAUUCUUCUUCUAAACAAAGUAGACCGACCUGCAGUCACUGAGGAGAGGUGCAAUGAAGUUGAGAGCCUAGUGUUUGACCUUUUUGCAAAUCUUGGCGCAUCAGAGGAGCAGCUAGAUUUUCCUGUUCUUUAUGCUUCUGCAAAGGAAGGAUGGGCUUCCUCCACCUUCAACAAAAAUCCUUCUGAUGAUGCAAAGGAUAUGUCACAGUUGCUUGAUGCAAUUAUAGGACAUGUUUCUCCUCCAACAGCAAGCCUAGAUGCACCUUUCCAGAUGCUGGUUUCCAUGAUGGAGCGAGAUUUUUACCUUGGGCGAAUUUUAACUGGGCGUAUCUCUUCUGGAGUCGUUCGUGUGGGCGAUCGAGUUCAUGGACUUCGCACUACAGAUUCCGGGGUUGCUAAAAUUGAAGAAGGAAAGGUUGUGAAACUAAUGAAAAAGAAGGGUACCAGCAUGGUUUUGAUUGACAGUGCUGGUGCUGGUGAUAUAAUAUCAAUGGCUGGGUUGGCAAGUCCAGCGAUUGGACACACAGUAGCAAAUGUGGAGGUCAUGACUGCUCUGCCCACUGUUGAGCUUGAUCCCCCUACAAUUUCCAUGACUUUUGGUGUCAAUGACUCUCAAUUGGCUGGUCGUGAUGGUACUCAUCACAAGAAAUGCACUUCUGAUUUUGAUGUUUUAAAGUGA